CUGCGGGCCCCCUCCCCUUGCUGUGGUCCACACCCCCCUUGAGCUAUAAGAAGAGCGGGCGCUGGAAUUGCUCUGCAUUGCAUGACAGCACCCUCCAUAGAACUCGGCUCUGGGCAAGCCGGAGUCAGUCGUCUGCGUGCUGCUUCACGCCGUGCAGCGACUGCUGGGAGGAGAGGGAGCCAGAGGAAAACCCUACCCUGCUUCUGUAGCUCCUCUUUAUUAUCUGCCUGCUAAAAAUUAAGAGCAAAGGCAGGAGCCAGGGGAGGUAAUAGCGUGGGGCCCAGGAGUCCCCUUGGCAUGAAUUAGAAGGGAAUCACACGGAAACAUUUUUCCUAGGAAGAAAAGGGGGGAAACCUACUCCUAGGAAGAAAGAAAGAGGUUUGGAAAAGCAGCUUUGCCCCCUUUGUUGAAUGAGAAGGACAGAGCAGGACCAGCAGCAUGAGCACUAGCACAGUUCCCUAUCAACAAAACCCGUACAGCUCCGGGGGCAGCUCCACCCUCAUCCGGUGCUACCGCUGCGGAGACGCAUGUAAGGGAGAGGUGGUGCGUGUCCAGAGCAAUCACUUCCACAUCAGGUGCUUCACCUGCCAAGUAUGCGGCUGUGACCUGGCCCAGUCAGGCUUCUUCUUUAAGAACGGGGAGUACAUCUGCACCAAUGACUACCAGCAGCUGUAUGGGACCCGCUGCGACAGCUGCCGGGACUUCAUCACGGGAGAGGUCAUCUCUGCCCUGGGCAGGACAUACCACCCCAAGUGCUUUGUCUGCAGCAUGUGCAGGAAGCCAUUCCCCAUUGGAGACAAAGUGACAUUCAGUGGGAAAGACUGCGUCUGCCAAGCCUGUUCCCAUUCCCUGGUCAGCACCAAGCCUAUCAAGAUUCAUGGGCCGAGCCACUGUGCAGGCUGCAAGGAGGAGAUCAAGCACGGCCAGUCACUCCUGGCCCUGGAGAAACAGUGGCACGUCAGCUGCUUCAAGUGCCAAACCUGCGGGAUCAUCCUGACUGGCGAGUACAUCAGCAAGGAUGGCGUUCCAUACUGCGAAUCUGACUACCAUGCCCAGUUCGGCAUUAAGUGUGAGACCUGCAACCGGUACAUCAGUGGCAGGGUCCUGGAGGCAGGAGGGAAGCACUACCACCCAACCUGUGCCAGAUGCGUCCGCUGCCACCAGAUGUUCACGGAAGGGGAGGAGAUGUACCUCACAGGUUCUGAAGUGUGGCACCCGAUCUGCAAACAGGCAGCAAGAGCAGAGAAGAAAUUGAAGCACAGAAGAACAUCAGAAACCUCCAUCUCGCCCCCUGGUUCCAGUAUUGGUUCCCCUAACCGAGUCAUCUGUGCUAAAGUGGAUAAUGAGAUCCUUAAUUACAAAGACCUGGCAGCUCUUCCCAAGAUUAAAGCCAUCUACGAGGUGCAGCGUCCCGACCUCAUUUCCUAUGAGCCCUAUCACAGAUACAUGUCAGAUGAGACGCUGGAGAGAUAUAGCUAUGGGGAGUCCCUUGGAACGCUGUCUCCAUAUUCUCAGGAUAUCUAUGAAAGUAUUGACAUACGGCAGAGACGGGCUUCCAGCCCGGGCUACAUCGACUCCCCCACCUACAGCCGCCAGGGCAUGUCUCCCACCAUCCCACGCUCCCCACAUCAUUACUACCGCUCAGGCACAGAGAGUGGGCGCAGCUCCCCCUACUAUAGCCAGUUAGAUGUGAGGUCUUCUACUCCAACCUCAUACCAAGCGCCCAAGCAUUUCCACAUUCCAGCUGCCGCAGAGAGUAACAUCUACCGGAAACCCCCCAUCUAUAAACGACACGACCAUCCACCUGCAGCAACGAAAAGCAAAACCAGCGAUGACAUUGCACAGUCCUCCAAAUACAGCCCAGCCUAUUCCCCAGACCCGUACUACCACUCGGAGUCCGAGUACUGGCCUUUCCAAGGUUCACCCAAAGCACCACGAGCCCGCAGAUUCUCAUCAGGAGGAGAAGAGGAUGGGUUUGACCGGGGGAUGCACAGGAUCCAGAGCGGCAUCGGCAGGGUGAUCCUGAAGGAAGAGAUGAAGGCGCGAUCCAAUUCCUACGCCGACCCCUGGACGCCACCCCGCAGCUCAGCUGGCAGCAGAGAGGCCCUGCACACAGCCGGAUAUGAGAGCUCGCUGAAUGGCUCUCCCCGGACACAUUACCUGGCUGACAGUGAUCCUCUCAUUUCAAAAUCUGCAUCCCUCCCUGCCUACAGAAGGAACGGGCUGCACAGGCCCCCCAGUGCUGAACUCUUCCACUACGACAGCACAAAUGCCGUCAACUGGGGGAUGCGAGAAUACAAGAUAUACCCCUAUGAGCUGCUUAUGGUGACCACCCGGGGGAGGACCCAGCUGCCCAAGGAUGUGGACAGGACUCGGUUAGAGCGCCACCUGUCACAGGAUGAGUUCUAUCAGAUCUUCGGCAUGACCAUUGCGGAGUUCGACCGCCUGGCCCUGUGGAAGAGGAACGAGCUGAAGAAGCAGGCGCGGUUGUUUUGAAUGCAACGCACUAUAAAUUUAUACAUAGCUAUAAAUAUAUAUGUAUAGAAAGAUCUCUAUAUUGAAGCUCUGUAUAACUCUCUCUCUCUCUUGUACAAUAGGAGACGCGGCCACUCUCUUUGCAACCCUGUAGAGUGAAUUGAAGUGUCUCAGAUAUUUUUAUGCCCUUUGUUUGCUUUAUGUUCUUUUUUUAUUCUAAUGCGAUUGGGGGUGGGGUGGGAGGUGCAAUUUGCGUAUUGAACCUUCUGGCCUUUUGGGCCAUUCAGACCCCCACCAUCCCCUGCCACAGGGCCAGUGUCCGUAAAGCCCAGCCCAGUGGAGGAGGGAGUGUUUGCAGCUCAUGCUCAGUGAAAGGUUGGCUCCUUUUCCCUCUUCUGCCCCUUCAGACCCUUGGCUGCUGCUAUGUCCUGGGCUCUGGGCUCAAUAUCACCUUCUCACUUUGCACAGGCAGACCAAGCACCUUCAGCCGGCAGAGCAAGAGGUCCCUUCCCUCCCACAAGGGUUCCUGCAACUCCCAGCAGGGAGGGCCCUGCCAUCUGAUUCAGCCAUUGAUAGUAGAAGGGUUCCUGGUAAACUGCCUCUCUUCUCAGGGUUUGGGCUGGGGCAGCAGUUUCCCUCCCCUUUUGUCAGCCCCACCUACCAGAUUUGUACUAAUUUAGGAAAGUGAAUGGAGUGGAGUGUAUCACCCCAUCCCUUGCUAACAUAAGACUCCCUCCCUACAGGCCCAAUCUGUCAUGGCAUCUGGUGGAAGUGACAUGGCCAGGGACCAAAUUUGGCAAUGCCACAAUUUUGUUCUCUCCCUCCCCGGCUUUCCCAUCCCAGCUGCCAGGGGAGAAUACACCUAGGCACUGCCAGUGCAAAUCACAGGGGAUCAUUACAAGAUGUGUCAGAUCUGUGUCAUCUGCAACACUCCCAGGCCCAUGAAUCACAGGAGUCAUUCUGUCAGGAGUGUGCUAUGAAAAAGGUGUCUCAACCUUCGUAUUUCCAAAUCACAGUAUCCCAACAGCUCCAGGCUUCUUCCCACCCACGCCUGCCAAUGUCAAUAAAACUGUUUUCCCUCCUGCAAGUAACAAAACGAUGGUUUGUCCUCAUCAGAGCCCCCUUUUAUGUCCAAUGCCACUGUUAGCAAUUUGACACCAGAGUUACAGACCCAGGCCCUUUACAAAGUGUAAUGCAUUUAUUAAAGCCCAAGAUGUGGGGUGGAUAUGUCCCUAAUGGCAUCUUUGUGACUGUAAGGCUUCAACGUGAGCCUCAACUAAAAUCCUGACCCAAGCAGGCCUGGACUUUGGAGGAGUUGGGAUGUGGCUCUAACGCUGCACUCUGUAACAUAGGCCCUAUCUUUCUGGUUAGGAGUAGAAGGGGCUGGUUUGGAGUCAGUCCGGAACCUCCUCAUGAAGUGUUAAGCAGGUGUGGAAGUAGCCGGUCGGGAGAGCUGUGGGGAAAAGGGGAAGGAGGCAUGUUAGACUGUUGUUACAAACUGAAUCAGCUACACAUCCCCUUAUUAAUGUGUUCGCUGAGGUUUUUCUGAUUCUCGUUCAUCAGUAACAUCCAGCAUCCCAGCUCAAAUUGCCAGAGCAGCCUCUGGGAGGGGCGUAAUAAAGACGUUUGCAAAGACUCUCUAGAACUAUGGGGGGGAGGGGAACUGUAGAGUUUUAUUGCUUGUUUGGUUUUUUACUAAUAUGCUGUUUCAACCCAAACACAGUUGCCUGUUGUGGUAUGUUUCUCUGAUUUCCUGUUUGCUUUCUUGAUGUAAUGCUCAGGCAGGCCCCAGGAGUGCCUGUCCUGUGCUCCCCAGUCCACGCCUAGCAAAGCAUG